AGAGGAAACAAUAAAUAAAGAAGAUGCCUCUGUCUUGUAGACAAUCCAAUCUUUGGAAAGCUCAAAGCAGCCUUUCCCAGCAGUAGAAUGCUUCCUGAAGAGCUGGGAGAUCUCAGGUCAAAGCCUUCAAAUCAGCGUGGCAGGGAUUCGAAUCCACUGCAGUGAUGCUCAGAGAUGGGAAAGGAAACUCCUCCAGCCUCGCAGCGUGAGAGAUGCGCCGAGUGGCUGCAUCCUCCAGGGGCCCCAGGUUUGUGGUUCCUGCUGAUUUUUUCCUAGUUAGGAUCACGUAGAGAGAUUUUGGAGAUUGUGGAAAUGCUAAGAGGAAACAUGCAACGCGCUGGGAAUUCACUCUAGGAAACUUGCAUCACGAGUUCUUGGGAUCUUUCAGUCUCAGGUAGGAUCCUGGCUUCCUGCAGCACGGAGAAGCUGUGGGAUGCAGCCCUGAAGUCCACGCAGCGCAGGCAGGGACCUCCUCCCAACAAAGGUGCAGCCAUGCAGCAGGGUUUUGCAGGAGCCCAUCACCCAGAGUACCCCCCCCCAAAAAAAAAAAAAGGGGGAAAAAGCAGCAUUGCGUGGAAUUUCAGACUGGGCAGUUCCACUGUGAUAUUAACUGAGCUGUAGAGGAAGAAUGUCUGCAGUCAGCAAAUCUUGCCUCGAGGGGGAUUGCUUGCAUGCAAUAGGCAGCAACAUCAGAUUUGGGAGCAUCUAGUGUAGUGCUGAACAGUCCUUGUGUUAGCAGGAACUAACAAAAAUUUAGCCCCACAUAUAUAAUCUUUUCACUGUUUAUCUAGCAUGUUGCAAAACUGUUUUCCAGUGGCCUGCAGGAAUUUCUAGGAAAGAAAAAAAGGACGAGAGCCAGACUUCAGGUACAGGAAAUGCUUACGUAAGACCUGUUAACACGCAUCUUGCAGCCCAUCUUUAUCAUCAACAAGAUAGAGCAGAAACCCUUAUUUCCACGUGAAGAUUGCUUUUAAAUUAAUCUGGAAAUGGAUUCUUCUACGUAAAUAGCUGCACAGACUUCACUCACGAGACGAGGGUCUUCCUAUGCUGGGCAGCAGGAGGCUGUGAAAUCUGUCUCUGGUAACUGCCGCAAGUCACCCCUUGGUGAGAGGUUGCAUUCACACCUUUCCCUCUUUAAGGUGCGUUUCAUGGAAGUAGGCAAGUGGUGCUUGGAGCGGGGACUGGAAAUCGAGGCCCCCUUCUUUCCCUAGCUCUGCAGGUCAGCAAAAAGGUCUUGGUUUCUGGGCCUGACAACACCAGGGCGUCUCCACGAGUCCUCAUCUCUUAACAGAAGAAAUCCUUGGCAGAGCAAGGAAGACAACGCGGGCAGUUAAGAAAUAACUUGGAGGGGGACUUUGCAGUUCUAGAGCUCUGACAUUCAGUUUGUCAUCGUGUAGGCAGCCAGGAGGGCUUAAGGUAGGAUCUCUGCAAUUUCUGCAGCUCGAUGCAUCUGGAACCUCCUGCCAGCAUGUAGCACAUCAAGGAGCUCAGCAGAGUUGAGGAAAGGGCUGUGGAAUGACAAAAACAGGGCCAGGUUUACUAGGAGACAGAGCUCUGGAAUUACAUCUCCCACUCGUCUUGCCUUGCUUAUUUCCUCAGAGCCGCAGAGCUCUGUUACGCUGCGUGACAGACGCUGCCAUAUCAGCAUGGGCAGUUUUUACAAUGUGUGAGUGUUUAGGAGAAGUGGGAUAUCUGAAACGUAUUAUAAAAAGUCUCUGCGUGUUGUUUUACGUGCCUGACAAUUCACUCCCUGGCAAGAACAAGAAAAGUAGGAGGAUAGGAAAUAAUAGGAAAUAGCUGCAGGGUCCGUAAACAAAUAGUGCAGGGAAAUGCUUCCCUGUCUCCUGCAAAGCCAGGUUAAUAAUGGCCAAAGCCUAGAAUCAAAGGAACACCAAACCACCAAGUAUUUUGCAGUUGCUGGGGGCCAUGGAAAGAAACCACAACAGACGAGUGGAACUUACCACAAAAGUGCAAAGAGAGCAAGAUUUUCAUAAAAGCCAGCUUUAUGCUCCUUUAACCAAUUUCUGUCGUGCGUCUCAGCAUAAAUGAUACUUUUGUGCUGAGCUGCACCUCGGCCGGGUUCUUAAAGUGCAGCUUUCUCACAAGUGCUGCUGGACCUUUUUGUGUCGGAGAGGGUAGAGAGUGGGGAGGUGGUGGCCUGGCAGCGCAGAUCACUGAGCGGUGGGGCUGCAGCCCCCAGCUGGGUGAAAGAAGCCAAGGUUGUCUUCUCAUAGGUGUGCUUUGGGUGAAAUGCAUGGGCAUCCGAAAACGUGUCUUGCUUUAAAGGCCACGCAGGGCGUAAAAAUGAAGUGCUUUGGUCCCUAAAUGAAUCGCAGAGGAGGAGUCGAACAGGUUUCUGGGUUGCUCAGAUCAUGUUUUCAUCUCCUAAGAGGGGAUGCAGGAGGCCCCUUGGAGAAUUUGGUUCCCGCAUCUUUCUAAUGCGUCAUCUGGAAUGGCACAGUCAGCUCUACGGGCUGCUGAAACCUGAUUUUUAAAUACUGCACGUCUGAAGCUCAGAGGGUGCUAAAUGGGGGGGGGGGGGGUAACAGCUCGAGGCAGAGGAUCUAUCCCUCGAUCACACAUCACGGUCGCUUUCUGGGGGCUUCAGUUUUGUCUUCGGUUCAAUAUGAACCAUUCCGAUAUGGCUGCUGCAUGGAGAAACAGACAGCAACCCUUCCCUCCUUGGCAGGAGUCUCUCAGAUGUGUUGGCUGGGGUGAAGGGGAACAGCUCGAGGCAGGCUCCCGUCCCAUAAAUGAGCUGGGCCUGAAAGCGGGGCAAGUUCUGACCGAUGCAGCCGCAGCUCAGCCGCCAGAGGAGGCCAAAGCAGUGAGAGCCGGAGCUGUAUUUUUUCCAGCCUCCUGCCUUCCUGGUGGGUGUUGGUCUGGCAGGACAGGUCAGAACUGCAGGCAACGUCUGUCCUUGAAAAGUCUUUCAGAGCCAUUUGUGGCAGCAAGGGGAGCCGCAGGCCCUGGGACGAGCGGCCGUGCUAGCAGCGCUCCCGCACGGGUGUGUUUAUCCCCGCUUCUCACUGGGGAAGCAGCAGGGAGUGUGUGUAUACUCAGCUGUGUUUCUGUUCCCGCUUUCAUGUUCCUUAUCUUCCAGGAGGCUCUGAAUUCCCCUGGAGGAAGGGAGACAGUUGCUUGCCUUAAUCCCUGUGCGUGCAGAGGCAAAGCGCUCGUGUGCGUGCUGCCAGGAGCAACCCCCUGCAAUUGUUCAAGCGCAGCUGGAAGAGAUGCCCUUAGAGCAAGGGAAAACAAGCAAAGCCAUGUCAAUGCAGGUAUCUGUCUCCUCCUGGAGCAGCUGGCUCUGCACGCUGCCUGGAACAUUAUUAAGAGCAUGCUCUUUCCAUGGCAAACAGCCAGACCACAGCUCGUUGCAGAGCCUCUGGUUACUUUGGAAUCUCUGGCAAUGGCACAUGAAGACGUGGCUCCAAGAGCUGCCUCGUGCUUUCCUGGGGAGGGAGCAGUCUGUGGCUCCUGUUCUCUGACACGGGCAGAAGGACUCUGGUCUCUGUCAAGCUGUGACGGAUCCAAGGGACUAGCACCAAAAAGGCUACGAGGACAGAAGUGCCAGGAGUCAGCAAACACACAACUCUGCUCCAGGGAAGAAAAGAUGUUUGGGGAAAGUGGCUUCAGGCUGGUGAAGGAACCUCCCUUGGUGAGGAACAGCUGGGAGGGAGACAGCUGCAGGUGUCAGCAGGCAGUUUGGAGGCUCGAUCCCUCUGCAGCCACAGGUCUCCCUGGGGCUGAUGCUGUGCAAGGCCCCCACGAUGCCAGCACCGUUCAGAGGGAUCUGGUCCCAUCCCGUCUCUCCAGAGGCCUGCUGGGAUUUGGGGAUUUAUAUUGAAAACCCUGUACGCUAGUGCCAAAAGGCAAUGUCUGCGUGCAGCUGGCCUGUGCCUGAGCCCCAGCUCCCGACUUUGGGAGAGGUGAAGCCACCGUGCCCAUCGCAGCACUUGGAGCAGCACAGCACAAAGCGCAGCUCCUGUCAGCUGGGAACCUCUCGCUCUAUUUCUUGGCAUCCGUUUCUUGGCACCCCCUGCCUUUCCAAUCAGAUUUAUCGUGCUGCUGCUGUAGCCAAACUAAUGUUUAACUGGUGUUGUAACAGCUGUCAGCGAAGCCUGGUUGUCGCCACAGGCAGCUGCUCACAAGGCUGAUGCAGUGCUGGACUGGGUGCACUGGUUGCAGUGGGGUCCCGGCUGUGCCUCGUGUGCAUACCCUCAGCAGGCUACUGUGCCACCCGGAGCUCUCUGGCGCAGUCAGUGCACUUAAAUCUUCAAGGUGCGUGGGGAAACGAAUGCCCAGCUCUGUUCCGAUGCUCCUCUGCAGCUGGUUGGUGUCACCGUGAGUUCACCACAUCUCGGAUCUGAGACAGGCCACGGAGCUUCUGUUCCUACCUGGUCACGAACCCAAUGGAUUCUCUUUGAAAAAGCCCUGUGUGCACUUAAGAUGGAGGAACAGACUCAGAUCUGUGUCGCUUCACCCAGCCUGUGCUGCCACUGGCAGCUCUGGGCUGCAAUGGGAGCUGUUUGCCGUGUCGGCCAACUGCAGCACCAGCUGAGGUGUUGCUUGGUCGAAAGAACCAUGCAGCAUGGCAUCAGUACAGAUGAGAACGUCCAAACACUAGAAAUACAAAUGAGUUGGGAGGCAAGGUUACUGUUUGACUGGGGGAAGAAGGUUAACUAGAGAGAGAGAGGUCAAGUCUAAUGAGUGAUUUCAGUUACCCCCUCUAAAAAAGAAAAAAAAAAAAGGCCUGAAGUUGCAGCAAGACAAGGUUUAUUUUCAGUAUCUUAAUCAAAAGUUAGUGAUGGGGAAUGAAAAAUAAAUUAUAGGCUAGAGUCAGUUUACAUCCAGGUAACUAACAGAACCUGGGCCCAUACAUUUAACCAGGACAGGCAAUACCAAACUCUGGCAUAAUUUGAGAUGGAGGGGUACCAAAACCAAGCACAGCAGCACAAAACUCUCCAUACAGAGAUGGCAUUGCAAUUAGGUGAGUAAUUCUGAAGGCCUUUAAGUGUAAAAUAAAUAAAUAAAUAAACAAAUAACUGGGCUUGACAGAGAAACUGUUUCAGCUCCUACAGAUGUCUGCUGGAGGUUUGUUACCCCAGGCAGGUAGGCAAGAAUUACCCUGUGAAAGGCAGAGCUGAAGCAGCAUUUAAAACAAGCAGGGAUUCAGCCCCUGCAAUGUGGACUUGUGGAAAACAAAAAAUAGGGCAGGUAGCAAAGUCCAUGCUUGCACGAGCAGGAUUAAAACAGUUGGAAGAGCAAAUAAUGAAAUAUUUAAAAAUAGGGAAUGUAUUUAAGGCCAUUAAAACAGGAACUUAUUUAAGGAUUACCUGCAAAGAAGCUACAUUAAUAGCCCAUUAAGGUUACAAAGUCAAAUGAUCAAGGUAGAGAAUGCUGAUAUUAAACUUGCCAGUGCAAUAUUAAUCUCCCGUGUACGCGCGUUCUGUUGCAGUUCUGCUGACUAUCACGUAGGAAAUCUCGCAAAACAAAAGGAGAGCCCAGCCCUUUGGGGUUCCAAUUUGGCAACUCAAGCACAUCCUUCCACUUGUUUUGACACUCCCUGCAAGGGAGAGGACCGGGUAUAAACAGGCUGUAAUCAUAUAAUUAGAGAUAUGCCUACCGAACACAUUCAGCGUUCAGGAGAGGAACAAUUGCUUACCUCGUCCGACCCACUGCAGCUACAUGUUCUGUCAUCAGCCCCAUAUCUACAGAUCUCCAGCCCAUCUGGAACGGGGAGUGUUUAGGUCAGAAAUUAAUUCAGCUCCAUGUAGUUGGAUAUUUUUCAGCUCUAAAUGAAAGAUAUUUCUUGGCACACAUUCCCAAAACCCUCAUGGAGAAUCCAUGUCCUCCCGUGGAGGUUUGGCCUGAGAUCAGUGGAACAAGCGUUUCCACGUGCUGUGCGUCUUCCCCAAGCCUUUCCUUUCUGCUUGCAAUGCGCAGCACUUGAGACAAAAUGCCCAGGUACGUGUGAUGGGAUAAACAUUCCACACUGCAAUCAAAGCCCCGCGAUAUGAGCUGAUUUGCCACAACAUUUGCAGUGUCCCUCUGGGACCUGAGCACCCCAGGUGCUCGGGUGCACCCCACUUGCCCAGGCAGUCCCUCUGUAGGGCCCUACCCCGCAGCCGUGGCAGCGCAGGGUUUGCCUUCCCUUCCAGCAGGGCUCGUUGACAUUCAGCUUGCACAGGCACUGGAAAUCUCCUGCGUGUGCACCUUCUGCUGCGGCGAGGCCCCUUUGUACCUUGGCCACGGGGGCAAGGAGAGAUCUGCAGAUAGAGCUGCAAUGGUUUGCGAUUUGAAGCUGAUUUAGCGAAACAGAGCUUCCCAUUCCGGCUAUCUUUUCUUGAUUUGCCUGCUUCAUUUAGUUCACAUCAGUGCAGUCAGGCAGGAAAGGCCACGGUGCUGUCUGCUCGUGCAGCUACCGACAGCGGGGUCCGUAAGCAGUGCCCGGGCCUGAGUGGGCAGGUGAGUUAGGCUAAGCAGGACCUGACUGCAGCAAGUAUUAAACCAACGAAAAAUCUCAUAGCACCGUGCAGGAAGCACUGCUUUCCCCCUUUCUUGCUAGC